AUUUUUCCCCUCUCUCCCUCUCACUCACUCACCCACAAAUGCACACACAGGAGAAGGAGGAGGAGGAGGGAGGGGAGGGGAGCGAAAAGUGAGCUCACAUUCUCACAUUGGUAAAGAGGCUGGUCUUGCAGUGCCUUUGAAUAUUCUACUUUUUGCCAGUUUCUCUUCCGAGUCAUGCAGACACACACAUGCUGAGCUGAAGGAAACCACAGCAAUGGACUGCUCUAGAAGAUCUGAAAUCUGAUCACACACCAUCUCCCUCCCUAAUUACCUCUAUUACAUAUCUCGGUCUGUCUAUAUAGGAAGCCACUCAGACCCAGGGAAGAAGGCAAGGGCUGUAUCAGCCACCCCAUCACAACCCAACAGAAUACCUUAUCUCUUCUUGCUGGACGGACACACACACACACACACACACAUACACACACACACACACACAAAACCCACCAGACUCACACAUCUUUUUAAUCUCUUGGCUUCCUUGGAAGAUUUUGCUGCCUGUUUUUCAUGGAGAAAGUCCAAGGAGAAAUGGAGAUUGAGAGAUGGGAAAGAAGCGAAGAGCUGUCAGAUCCCGAAAGGAAGGUGAUUCAAGAGACGUGGAACAGAGUCUAUGUGAACUGCGAGGAUGUUGGGGUCUCCAUUCUGAUCAGGUUUUUUGUCAACUUCCCGUCUGCCAAGCAGUACUUCAGCCAAUUCAAGCACAUGGAAGAUCCACUAGAGAUGGAAAGGAGCCUGCAGCUGCGUAAACAUGCCAGGAGGGUCAUGGGGGCUAUUAAUAGUGUGGUGGAGAAUAUAUACGAUUCAGAAAAGGUCUCCUCUGUGCUAGCUCUGGUGGGCAAGGCACAUGCUGUCAAGCACAAAGUCGACCCUGUCUACUUUAAGAUUCUGACUGGCGUCAUGCUGGAAGUGCUUGCAGAACAAUACACCAAUGAGUUCAGUGUUCCAGAGGUUCAGAGAGCCUGGGCCAAGAUGAGGAGCCUCAUCUACACUCAUGUGACGGCUGCAUACAAGGAGGAACCCCCAGGUGACAAUGGUGGCAGCAGCAGCUGGAGCAGCAGCAAAGUGGCAGAACCCCUCCCACAGACCUGAAAUGCCGUCUCUCAGAAGACUAAACUGGCACCGGAACAGGAUAGCACCCAAGAGAACUACAUCUGUCUCCUUUAAUUAUCCCGUGUACAUAUUAGUCAGUGGAAAUGCUUUAUAAUUUCUAUAGCUAAGGCCAGCUAAGCUAUGGAAAAACCAGGUGUGCAUAAACACUCUCCCUGAAGUUAGCCAGGCAAAUUAAAAUCAUGUACACUGUGACGGGGGGAGGGAAUGUAUUGAAUUUCCCCAGAGGGAAAAUAUAUAUAUAUAUAGAUCAUGACUGUUAUGAUUCAUCCAUAUUGAUAACUCUGGAGACUUACCAUUUUUGUCUGUCUUGAAGAGGACUUUUCAUCAAAUGGCAUUGAAUUGAUACGUUUCCAUCUUUUGUACUAAGGUGAGAAUGUACAAGUUCCAGUAUUUGAAUUCUGCAAGUACUUUUGUGCCCGUAUAUCACUGAUAAAUCCAUGUCCUUGCUUCCCCACCCCGCCCAAAAAAACCACUAGUGAUGUGUGCAUAAGUGCUUGCAGGAUCUCAUAUCCGCAUGAUACAUUCAGACCAUGUCCUUAAAAGGACAUUUGAUCUCAAUACAUUUAGUCUAGAUUUCAAAAUCUGCACCGUGGGACAAGGAUUAGUCUUGUCUUGUCAUUUUACGCUUUUCUCUACUGCUAACUCCUCUGGACUGGAGUUUCUCUGGAAUUAUAUGAAUUGUGUUUGCAGCAGUCCUCACUGUUUUGUUCUUAGUUUUGUAUUCCAUUACAAGGUUUCUUUCCCCUUUUACAAAACUUUAGAAGUCUUGAGAUUGUAGAAGAUUUAGCCAAAGCUUGAAUACCUAAAACACCUGAAACCAAAAAAAAUAUGAUGUAUUCAAAGAACAAAUCAAUAUAUUAAUUUUUAGCUGUUUCAUGAUGCCUAAGAUAUACUCUGUGUGAGUUGAGUUGAAUCAUUUCAUCCAGUCCUAUAUAUGUUGGCUUUCUGAGGUCUUAUUGGGCUACUAACAAUAAGUGGACAUGGAAGUACAUUCUUUGUUAGACCUUGCCCCCUGCGAAAAAUUAUAACAGAAUAAAUCCCUUGUAAGUGAAUGAGGUUUAUGCAGGUCUAACUGUACAUAGCAUUACUGCUGUGGAGUUGGCAAUACUGUGCCCAGAUAGCUUUGAGGUAACAAUCAUUUUUAAUCGCUUUCCUUCCAAUUUCCAUAAUUAGAUUCGAAAGGAUUUCUGCUAGGAUUUUUGUGUUCCUACGACCACCAAUGAACUCCAGCAAAUAGCACUGCCACCUAAAUAGAAGGGAAAAAUCUGACUAUUGGCUGACUUGGCUGUUCAUUUAAUAGAGAACAGAUUUGGAAAAAUCAGAAUGGAAUCCUUCAUGACAUGGAAAUAAGGAAUCAGCCAAUCUGCCAUUAAAGAUGCAAGAAUCUAGACUGGUUACAAGAUUUUACAGUUCUAAUGUUUAUAUAUACACAUUUUUUUCCUGCUAAAAGACAUACCAUGGACCGUACUACUACUACUACUAAAUUCCUUCACCACCAUUCUUCAAAAAAUAUGACCUUAAAUUCUGAAAGUCAUUACAGUAAAACUAUGAUCCCAUGUCACAAUCUAAAUGUAUUUUGAAAUUCAUUUUCAAAGCAGGAUGACAUUUUUGAAAGGAAAAUACUGUAUGUACUACACAUUAAUUAAUUUAUCCUUGAAGCAAUACAUCCAUUCUUUAAAAUUUGCAGCUAUAUAUUAUUUCAAUCCAUAACAAUUUGUCUUCUCUCUCUCUCUCUCUCUCUCUCUCUCUCUCUCUCUCUCUCUCUCUCUCUCUCUCUCUCUCUCUCUCUCUCUUUCUCUCUGUCUCUCUCUGUCUCUCUCUCUCUCACACACACACACACACACAUAUGAUGGUGGGGAACUCUUGACUGUUAUGUUGUAUACACAGACUAAAUUACUUUAGUCAAAAGUGUGUGUUUAUGUGUGUGUGUGUGUGUGUGUACACACACACACAGACACAGACAGUUUUGAGUAAAGUAAUUUUAUUAUAAAUGAAAAAGGGACAGCCAUGCAAGAAUACAAAAGAAAAGCAAAAAAACACGGCAUAACCUUGCCUAUAGCAAGCUGGUGAUGGAAAUGUAAAAUGAGCUGAAAAACUCAGAGCUUGUGCAGGUCAAAGGCAAAGUUAGAGCAGAAUAGCCUUGGCCAGCCAGGGCCCUACUAAUGUGCUGAGUUACAAUUCCCGUUGGCUAUGCUGGCAGAGGUGAUCAGAGUUGUUGUUUAGCACAGUUGGAGGGUACCUGGCUGUGACACUACUUAUAGCUCUUUACUGACUCUCAUUCAGUUCAUUCCCAAUUCUUCCAAACUUUGAAUUGUCGGGUCCUUGGGAGCAAAAAAGCUGUUUGUCAUGGGGAUUAUCUGUUAAACAGCCAUGCACAAGAAUACGGCACUGUAUAAAAUAAUAAAUAUUAAUACAUAUAAUUUAAUAGUGUAUUUUAUAAAAUGGGCUUCUGGUGCUAAUGAAAAGUGAUUUGUGAACGUUUUCCUCCUUAUCGUACUAAAUCCUCUUGUUUAUGACCCAACGUACUGGCUGAACCCUGUUGUAAUUUUCCUCUGUAUUAUUUGUAUGACUUCUGUAUGCUGCCAAUAUAUUGUCUUGUGAUUUUGUUUAAUCUUUAUACAUCGGUUCCUUGUUAUAAGUGUCACCAUUCUGUGUUGUCUCCAUGUAAUAGAAAAUCAUCUAUGGCAGAGUAGGUUAACCCAGAGAUAGGCAAUAUGGAGCCUUCUGGGUGUUUUGGAUUACAACUCACAAAGUCCUUGCCCUUGACCAUGCUACCUGGGGCUGAUAAGAAUCGAAGUCCUGUACGUUUGGGGAUCAACACACUGUCUCCCUUUGGCCUACCCAGGACUGAUUGAUUAAUUAAUAUGUUACUAUUGUUAAUUCUACAUCAAAUCAAUCUCAGAUUUAUAGAUAUUUUAAUCCUCAAUAUAAACAUAUAGAUUCAGAUUUUAAAUUGCCCUAACUCUUCCCCUAUGUACUUACAUAGAACUCUGAUUUUCUUUAUAUGCUAAACUCCUUCAAAACAUAUCUUCGUUUCCAAAAACAUGCUUUUGGUAGCAAGUGUAUAUUCCAUUUUAAGGGCAUUAAAAACAAAUGUUAAACGAAUGCAAGUUGACACACCAUGUGUGUUUUUCUACAGGCCUGUCCUGCUUUUACUAUAGUAAUACAUGUUGUACCUAGGAAGGUAUAACAUGUACCCAUUAGUGCAUGUUUAAAUCUCUUAUGCCAAGAAAAGGAGAGUAAAGAGAAGGAUCAGUCUGUUUCUAGCUUAUGACACGUGGAUGGCAGGCUGUGUUGGACUCUGUUCGUCUAGCUCAGGGUCAAUCCUUCCAAGUAAAACAGACUGGAAACACAACCAGACAAGCUCAUUCUAUUUUAUUGUAAGGCUACAUUAACAAAAAGCAUGCAAGUCUGAAAGUACAAAUCUGUCACUUUUAACAGUCUGAUACAUUAGGGCAGAUUCUUUUUAACUUGCUUUCUUUGCCCCUUAAGCGGUUGCAGGCUCUUCUCCUUUUUAUUUGAUCAUUGCUUAGGCAGCAUCUCUUCCCCUCAUCUCUCAAAGUCAUUCUUCCAAACAUUUCCUUCAUAAUCCAAAACCACUUAUUAAAAAGUGUUAUUGAACUCUGAGAACCAGUCAUAAGUCCUCUAGCACCAUCAUAACUUCAAGCAGUCAUUGAACAAAUGGCCAUAAUUCGAGGACUACUUGUAUCAUAAAAAUGUCACUGAAUGAUCUUUAGGUCAUUUCAACAACAAAUUACCAUUGGUAAUUUCAUCCAUUUUCAUCUUAAUAGGAAAACUUUGGGAGAGUUUCAAAUAUGUUAUGUAUGGCAAUCUUUAAGUCGAUUUACCCUUUUGUGAUGGGUAAUAGUUUCAUGUGCCAUUACCCAAAGAAAACCCACUUUUACCCAAAGUGGGGUAAUUUAUUCAGAUUUGGGAAGCACCAGCCUAGUCGUAUAUGACAGAUUUCAUCCAGCUAAUGCAAAUAACAAAGCACAGGCAAUUUGGAGCAAACAUGGGCAGUCUAAGGCUGCAGACCUUGUGUGUAUCUACUCAAAUAAUUGCUUUUGCAGCCCUUUGAACUUUGUUGGAACACAGCAACCCUAAGAUCUGUGGUACCAUUUAUAGGUAUAAAAACCUGUAAAGCAGUUUUCUAAGGCCCUGCCCACUUUGCAUCAGCACAUUGCCUACUGUGACUUUUGUCUCUUCAAAUUAGUUUUGCCAGCAGCCAUCCAAAGAUUAUGUAUUUUUAGUCUGGAACAUAUCUAUAUGGAUGAAUUGACUCCCUCACCGCAAGGAAUUUGGAUGGUAUUGUUUUGGACAGAGUGGACAGUAUUUGUUUUAGAAUGCUUGCUAUCCUUACAAAACUACAUUUCCCGGGAUUCCAAGUUUAGAGCAGGAGGACUGGCAUAGUGCAAAAUAAAUAAAAAUAUCAUUAAUUCCUCAACUAUUAUUAAUAGAAAUUAGUAUUAGUAUUAUUUGGUAGGAAGAAAAGCCAUGACUAUUGAAUUCUAUAUGUAGAAAUCCCUUUAAGUAUGUUUUGCCUUUUUUAUUUAGCUCGUGAAACUUUCACAAUCCUUCUUCAUUGAUGUCAAAAUGGUAUCUCCAUUCUCUUUGGAGGCAAGAGAUGACCAUUUUUCAGUUCCUGAGCAGGAAUAUACUGCCUCUUCCAAGAUUAACAAAGACAGAGAGAAAUAAUAAGAUUAAGCUAUAUAACAUGGGUUUUUGAGUCACACAAUAUUUUGUGUUCUCCAAUGUAAAGCCCUCCAAAUAAAUUGGAUUACAGUUUUCAUGGACCAUGCUUGCUAAGGAUGAUGUAGUCCAACACAUCUAGAUGAUGUGUGAUUGGGAAGAAGUACAAUAUUGAUGCCACAGAGCUGAAAUCAGUAAAGGUCACUAAAUGAGAUACAAAUUUCAAAUUGUGCUAGCUCUGCUAAAGAAGUGGCAUUGCGAUAUUUUUUCCAUCCUUUCCUUCUAUCCUGGAUAAACAAACAAGGAAGAUAGAUACGGCAUUAAAUAUACCUUUGUCACUUUCCUUCUUACUUUGCGAAUGGGUGUAACACUUCAGUUACUAUUCAGGCUUGAAUCGCAGACCUGUUCCUCCAACACUUCUAUUAAAUCUUAUUUUAAUACUUCAAUAUCAAAGUCACUAUCUAAAAAUAUUUUUAAAAAAUUAAAAUCAACUUCCAGUGACUUCCUGGACACUGGUCUAUGUUAAUUCCUUGACAAUAAUGCAAAACUAGAUUGCCAUUUCUUUCUUCUGAGGUAAUUAUGUUACCAAAAAUAAAUAGAGCAAUCUUUGGUUGAAUGAGUCAAAAGCUGACAAGCUAACAUGCUAGUCAAAAUAUUCCCACAGGAAUCAGUUUCACUUCCUGUCCGUUCCCUUUUUGUUGUUCAGUAUCUCUGUUGUUUAAUAUCAUUCUUGUUAAAGUUGCGAAAGAAUUAAACAAAAACAAAAACAUCA